AGCCAGCAACUAACCGUUUACGGCCUUCAAUUACAUUUUACUACACCAACUCUUGGCUUCAAAUAGGUUUCAUACUUCCACAUUUCUGAGUUUGUGUCCCUGUAAUAUUUCUUUAUCUUUAAUCAUUUUGCUUUACAGACCUACAUGUUGAAUUUACAAAUGUUAUCAUCAUAGAACUAAUUCAACAAAAAUGUUAUUUAGCUAUUUAUUUAUGUUAUUUAUUUCAGUAGAAUAGUGUAUACCAUGGUAUAUGAAAUGCAGAUAGUGCAUGUAACAUAAGUAUGUAGCAAUAUAGGUAGAAGUUAAUUGUGUGCUUCAUGAGAUGUAAAGACUUUGGUACAUAUAGUGCUUUAUUUUUAUUGAAAGGUUCAUGUGUGUUCUUAUAUGUAACAGAGGGCAAGAUCGAACCGCAAGUCCAUUUAGCAAAACAGGAGCCUCUAAAAUGUUGCAGAACGGUAGAUUUGUAUUUUAAUCUUUAUUUACCCACUCAAAUUGCAUGCAUACAUUCUAUUCUACCAAAAAAAAUGCUGAACUAUAUAAGGAAAAGAUUUUAUUUUAGAGUUUAUUAAUACCAAAGGGCUGGCCGUAUUUAAAAAAAAAAUCAGGUAUGUCUAAUUGGUUUAAAAGUUUUUCGUAAAAUAUGGUUCAGCAGUAGCGUCCUUGGAGAAGAACAAAAAAGCGUGUAGUUUUCACCGACUGAGCUACCGCUAUCGUAGGACCUUUGUAUGUAAGCACCCCCACUGCAAUUGUUGGCAGCACAUGUCAGUGGACCCGUACGUAACCAAGGUUAACAAUUGGUCAUGAUCGGUCAUGAUUUAGUAAGUCGUUGUACACUUAACCUAUAUUUAGUGGUUCAUGAGUACAUGAUAACAGAACAAACAGAGUGACAGUGAGACCUGUGUAUGAUUUGAAUCUUUUAACUUUAGUUGUGGUUUGUAGGGAAGUGCAGGGGAGAUAUUGUAAGAAGGAGAAGUAUUUAAAAUUUUUGUAUCGAACGGAAAAUAUGGCCAGACCAGUAGAUAUAGAACUGAAAAAGGCUUUUGCAGAUCUGCAUCUAAAGCUGAUGGAAACAGCACAGAAAGUGAAAGCUGCAGAUGAAGAGAUUAAAGGCCUGAAAAAUUCAAUGCAGCGUGCUCGACUCGUUGAAUCAGAAAUUACCAGGAUAGAUCCUGCCACAAAUGUAUAUGAGAGUGUUGGGCGAAUGUUCGUGCUAACAAAUAUUCCAGAUUUACGGAACCAGUUGCAAGAAACAUCUGAAAAUUGUGCUGAAAAAAUUAAGAUUCUUGAGAAUAAGAAGAGUUAUCUGGAGAGAAGUAAGAAAGACAGUGAAAAUAACAUCCGUGAAAUGAUUCAACAGCGGAGAGAGAAGGCCCCAUAAACUGACUAAAACUUUGUUAUUGAAGUGUAAAAGUUUGACUAAGGUUUUCCAUUUUGAAUUACAAUUAUUUAUUAACCUAUAGUUCUGUCUGCUCUUAUAUAAUGAUGUAUUAUUGUUCACAGUCCAUAUACUUAUUAAUGUUUUAUUAAAUUUUGUAACUGAUCA